GAAUAUCCACAUCUAUUCUUCCAAAUUGCUUAGGAUUCUUCUCCUCCUUUUGGCUUUCCAUGGAAGAAGAGCAGUUCCUAUCCCUCUUCGAAACCUACUGGUUUUACCACAAGAUCUUCACCCAGCCAUCUUCUCCUCUUCCAAUCGAACCAAUUCCAACAAAAACCAAAACCCAGAUUGAAGAACUCGCCAUCUCUCCCGUCGGUAGCCUCCACCGUCGAUCUUUCAGCCACGAUUCGUGCUUCAAAUCCGACCCAUUCUCUCCAAAUUCAGUCCUUCAACAACACAAACUCGACACCAUCCUCUCCGGCAAAGAGAUUGAAGAAAACACAAUUCAGGAAACAGAACAGGAAGCCUGUAAACCGUCGAGAAAGUCGGUAUUCCGUCGCCAAAAGAAGACUACCAAGAGCUUGUCUGAUCUUGAAUUUGAAGAAUUGAAGGGAUUUUUGGAUCUGGGUUUUACGUUUUCUGAAGAAGAGAUGGAUACGAGGCUGGUUUCAAUCGUUCCGGGGCUGCAGAGAUUCGGAAAGAGUUGUGGGGAAGAGGAAUCUGUUGAUGGAAGAGUUGUUUCCAGGCCUUACCUAUCAGAAGCAUGGGAUGUUAGGAACAGAGAGGAAGAGAACCCAUUGUUGAAUUGGAGAAUCCCCGCCGUUGGAGAUGGAAUUGAUAUGAAAGAUCAUUUGAGGUCUUGGGCCCAUGUUGUUGCAUCAACGGUUAGAUGAAGAGAUUGAUUGCUGCGGCAACAUGACCCUCUUCUUUUUCUUUUUCUUUUUCAGAUUUAU